AUGCCAUCAACCAUCCUCCCCAAAGCCCUCCAAAAAGGCGACACCAUCGCCUUCAUAUCCCCCUCCGCACGUCUGAACGAUCUCCUCCCCCGAUCCCUCGCGCGCGGCAAAACAUUCCUCGAAUCCCUCGGCUUCACCAUCAAGAUCAUCUACACCAGCCUCCCACCCACGACAACCAUCACCGAAUCCAUCCGCACACGAUGCGAAGAACUCCACACAGCCUUCCGAGACCCCUCCAUCCGCGCCAUAAUCUGCACCAUCGGCGGCGCCCACGCCAACGAAAUGCUCCCCUUCCUCGACUACGACCUCAUCCGAUCCAACCCCAAGAUCUUCCUCGGCUACAGCGACACCACCUUCCUGCACUACGCCAUCGAAUCCCACUACCCCAACCCAAUCCAAUUCACCAUCGAUCACUUCCUCCACGUCCUAACCCCCACAACUAACACUCCCAUCGGGCCCCUCCCCCGCUCCACCAUCUGCACAACCGACCACAGCGCCUUUCUCUACGGUAACGACGAAUCCACCACACCCCGCGAACUCACAUCCAGCCCAUCAUGGCGCUGGCUCCGUCCUGGCAACUCCACCGGCCGUCUCUACGGCGGAACGGUAUCCUGCGUGGUGCGACUCCAAGGGACACCCUACGCGCCUGCAUCCUGGGCCGACAAGAUCAUGUUCCUUGAGUCCGCGAUGGGGAAUAAUCUAGCGCAGCCGUACUCGGUGGGCGAGUUUCGCAGUUCCCUGGUCGAUUUGGCGUUGUCGGGGGUGUUGCAGCAGAUUCAGGGAUUGGUUGUUGGACGGGGGUAUAAGUAUGAUGAUGAGAUGCAGGAUCAGUUGGCUGAUGUGAUUACGGAGGUGUUUGAUACGAUUGUGGGGAGGGAGAAACACGUGGAGAUUCCUAUCCUGAUGAAUGUGGAUUUUGGACAUACGAGUCCGUUGUUGACGUUGCCGGUUGGGGCGAGGGUGAGGUUGGAUUCGGGGAGGGAUGAGUUUGUGGUGGAGGAGAGAGGAGUGGAGGUGUAA